AUGGCAGAUUGGAUAGAUGUAGCAGAACUCCUCGGUGAAUUAAGUGAUAGUGACGAUGAAGAGAAAAAGCAAGACGAUAAGAAUGGCGAUCUUGAAAGACCAAAAUCAGCUGAUGAGCCAACAUCUACAUCUCAAAUGCUAGAAAUAAAUUGUGAUAAGCAGUCAGUUUUGAAACGACGAGCUGAGGAAGACAUUGCUGUAAGAAAUGUACCGGAGAAAAAAAGCCGUACUGAGAUAGCAUCUGUUCAUCCCAUUGAAUUAUUAGACGAUCCACUUUUUGGUUUGUUGGAUCCUGCCGACUUCAAUGUUGUGGACAGUGCCUCGAAGAAAUCUUCUAUUAUGGGUCCAUCAAGUUCAAAGCAUGAAAUGACUGUUCGCUUUGCAGAAAAUGUGAAAGAUAACGAAAAGCAAACCAAAAAGGAAGUAUUGGAAACAAAAGUCACUCGGAAGUCAAAUUCUGAAGCCGAUAGUUCUGAUGACGAUCAUAGUGAAGCUGUUUUGCAGCCUAAAAAAUUAAGUGAACAGGACGAAAUUUUACGCCAAAAAAUGCAGAUAUUAGUCGCUAAUUUUUCAUCAGAACAAUUAGCUCGAUAUGAAUGUUUUCGGCGAUCAUCGUUUCCGAAAAGUAUAAUUCGAAAAUUAAUUCAUCAAGCGACGGGUAUUACACCUGGACAUAAUGUAAUUAUAGCUGUUGCUGGGCUUGCAAAAGUAUUUGCUGGUGAACUUGUAGAAGAAGCACUGGAUAUUCGUGAAAGAAUGGGCGAAGAAGGUGAACCAUUAAAACCUCAUCACAUUCAGUUAGCCUAUGAGCAAUUAGGAGAGAAAGGCAAACUUUUUCCUCCUUAUGGAUCUCGUCGAAAUCCUUUCUUAUGA